CAGGGGAGUCUCACGCGCUCACUCUCACGAGUCUCGGUGCGGUGCUUUCUCUCUGGAUUCUGGAACGCAGGUAGUGUAGUGGUUUGUGAUGGCUCUCAGUAACUGCAGGAACCCUGCUUCGUCUCUCUACUCCCUCCCCAUUAACUCCUCUACCUCCAAGGUGACCACCCGCGUCGCUUUCUCUCUCUUCCCUCCUCGACCAGCAUCACCUUCUUCUCUCUCCGGUCUGCCCCUUUUCCUUUCUCCGGCAUUUCCUUCCCGCCUCUCGGGUCUUUCAAGAAUAGCCCAGUUGAAGCCGUUGAUGGUUGGCCAUAAAUACAUGUACCCCAACCCCAUUCCCGAGUUUGCCAUCGCGGAAACUCAUAAAUUCCGGGUGGAGCUCAUGAAGAAGCUGAAGAAGAACAGGGAGACCUUCGGGGAUGAUUGCGAGGAAGUCCUCAGCGUUUGCUCAGAGGUGAAGAUAUUUAACGAAUUCUUAUGUAAAGAAUAUGGUGGCCCGGGAACACUCUUGGUCGAACCAUUUACAGAUAUGCUUCUUGCUUUGAAGGAGAAAAAACUUCCAGGUGCACCAAUUGCUGCGAGAGCUGCGCUUCUCUGGGCCCAGAACAACGUUGACAGGGACUGGGAAGAUUGGACGUCCCAGAAUCAAAGAUGAUCACUGAUCGCAAGUUUAUCUCAUUGCACUUCUUAACCAAACGUUGGAAGACAGAUUCUAUGCAGCUCUAGGUUCUCAAUGGAUGUCCAUAGUUAUAUAGUAACCUUUGUUGUAUCAGAAAUGCAGCAUAUGCUAUAGAAGAUCCCUAAACUUUUCUGCUUGGAUCUGCAGUGAACAGAAUUACGUUCUUGAAUUGCUCAUUUUA